ACUCUUAAAUCUUCAGAUCGCUGGCAGUUGCUCGUUCGUGUAGAUCGACAACGUUCCGUGAAUAUUUUUCUCAGUCACUAAAUUUGUAUAUUCGAAAAUGGUGUUCAGUGUAAGGAAUCUGUUGUGUCUAACCAUUCUGGCAGUCUUGGCCAGCACGGGCUAUGCUAUCCAUUGCUAUCACUGUGACUCGCUAUUCAAUUCUAAGUGCGGCCAGGAGUUCGAAGCUGAUGCGGGCAAUUUGUUUGACUGCAGUCGCGUUACUCUUCCUCGCUAUCUCUCCCAAUAUUUCCAAGUUCGCAAUGCCACAGGCUGCAUGAAGAAGGUUCUGGAACGUUUGCCCGGUGAUCAACUAAUUAUACGUAGCUGUUACUUUGGCGAUGUGAACAACAAGGAAGGAUGCCAAUCGGAUAAGGCUCUGCCCCCUGUCAAGGUGUUGGCUUGCGAUAUCUGCACCAAGGAUAACUGCAAUGGUUCCGGCUAGUUUGAUCCCAUUGAGGGUGCAAUAAUCCUGUUCUUUGGUAUGAUCCAUUUAUUGGGUUAAGAGUUUCCUAAAAGUUUCUCACAUCUUCUCUUCUCAAAUAUUCAUAAAUUAAAGAA